AGAGAGAGAGAGAGAGGAAGAGUGGUCCAAUCUGAGUGUAUGGCUGACCGACUUUAGAAGAAGCAGCAGGGGCAGCCGUGUAAGAUAAGGAGAGAGAAAGAGAGAAGACAAUAUUCUCCGGUAGAGCUGCAUUUCAUGGCAUAAGUCUCUCAACAUGAUGUCUGAAGAUGGUCUAAUGAGGGGCUACAUCGGCCAGGAUCCCAGCCCUAAUAUCAAUUCAAACCCUAAUCCCAAUUCUUCAUCCAAGCGCAAGAGGAAUCUCCCAGGAACACCAGAUCCAGAUGCGGAAGUGAUAGCGCUGUCUCCGAAAUCUCUGAUGGCGACAAACAGAUUCCUUUGCGAAAUCUGCAACAAGGGUUUCCAGCGGGACCAGAAUCUGCAGCUCCACCGCCGGGGUCACAACCUCCCUUGGAAGCUCAAGCAGCGCACCAACAAGGAGGUCAAGAAGAAGGUCUACAUCUGCCCGGAGAAGACCUGCGUCCACCACGAGGCGUCGCGGGCGCUCGGCGACCUCACCGGAAUCAAGAAGCACUACAGCAGGAAGCACGGCGAGAAGAAAUGGAAAUGUGACAAAUGCUCCAAGAAAUACGCCGUUCAAUCCGACUGGAAAGCCCACAGCAAAAUCUGUGGUACUAGAGAGUAUAAAUGCGACUGCGGCACUCUCUUCUCCAGAAAGGAUAGCUUCAUCACGCACAGAGCCUUCUGCGACGCGCUAGCGGAAGAGAGCGCGAGAUUCAGCAGCCCCGUCGCGUCUGCGAAUCUGAGUUUUAGGAAUGAAUUGUUGAGUAGCUCGGGAAAUCCCCAAUUUUCGGGUGGGAUGUUUAGGGCGGAAUUGGGCGGUGUUGAAGGCGGAAAUCAGCUCAGCUUUGAUCAUAAUAAUAUGCAGAAACCAAGACUGCCUCUUUGGCUGGACAGCGCGACACCGAACAAUUUCGUUGCGGCGACGAGCUUGCCGGAGCUGGUGCAGAUGGCGUCGCAAAAUCAUCAGUGGCAAGUACAAGCAGAUCAUAACCAAGUAGGAUUUGGUGGCGCAAGCAUUAAUAGCAUGGCGUCAUCAUCAUCUGCAAUUCCGAUUCCGAAAGUACUAAAAGAGGAGGAACAAAACAAAGGAAAUUUGUCCCAAGCCAUAAAUUCACUUUAUUACAACCAUAACCACAACGAAACAAACAAUGCAGCAGCAGCAGCAGCUCAUAUGUCCAUGUCAGCCACCGCGUUGCUCCAGAAAGCAGCUCAGAUGGGAUCGACCAGAGCCACUGACUCCUCAUUCUCCCCAGCCGGAUUCGGCCUCAUCACCAACGCCUCCUUCUCCGCCGGCAAUUUCAACUCCUCCGUCGCCCAAAACCCUACCAAUCUCGGCAAACCUGAGAAUAAUUUGAACGGGAUGAUGGCGGCGGAGAGCAGCCUAACUCGGGAUUUUCUGGGAGUGGGCGGGAAUGAUCAGAUUCAGAACAGGCAGUUUAUGCCGGAAAACGAGCUGGCGAAGUUCGCGGCGGGGAUGGAAAUGAGCCAUUACAGCAGGAAUUAAUUAAAAUUGCAGGGAAGGAGAGGGUGAAAAGGUGGUUGGAUUAGAAUUUACAGCUGCAGGUGGAAGGGGUAGAAACAGAAGAGAUCUUGUGAAGUGUCAGAGGGGGUGGGGAGGUACUGCAUGUUGGAAGAGACUUGACAGAAGAUGACAUGGCAAUCACAAGGCACAAAUUCUUGAUUCUAAUGCACGUACAAAAACUCCAUUUUUUUCCUUUCUAGGGUUUGAGUUAUAUGCAUGUAUAUAUUUACAUGGACCACCAAAUUACUGUGUGCCCUGUGAUUCAUUGGGUUCAGUGCUCUAUAUAUUCUGCAUUUCUUCUA